AUGCCUCAAGACCCAAAAAUUUCGCUUCACCCUCAUGACACCGCUCAUUUUCUGAAGCUUUCUGCAGCACUUCGUAUCUUGAUUCGACGAGAUUUAUCAGAUGAUGAUAUUGAUCGCGCAGAUGCUUUGAUACGAGAGUAUAACGUGGAGCUAAUACAUCUUUACGGCUCUGGUGCCAUCAAAAAUCAUCAUCAUUUCCCUACCCAUACAAACAAUCACGCAAAUGGCGGCCUCGAAACGAUAAUUUUCCGUGGGUUCCAAUCGACAUGUGAGAUUGGAAGACUGCUUAUAUACAAAUCUCAAGGAUAUUAUACCAACAGCUUCUCAAGUGUAUGGACGCAUUACCUGCGACCAGUGGCUCACAAGACCCCUUCCUCGAGCUUUUAUCGCAUAGCGCGCGAUGCUGACAAGACACUACCUACAUAUGAACGAGAAGAUUACCACGGCACGUAUUAUUGGACAAAGGAUGAAUGGCAGAAAGAGUAUCAAAAUGGCCGUGGUGUUCAAACCCUUUUAAGUAGCUCUUGA